AUGCUUUUAGAGGUUCUAAGUUUAGUUGCGAGUUUGCCUUUUCAUCUAGAAGCUCUUGAGUGCUAUAUUUGUACAAAUGAGGAGGGAAACUGGAAUGACUGUAUUAGAACUAUCCAAACUUGCGAACCUUUACAAGAUACCUGCCAGUCUAUUGUUCAGUAUCGAAUGAUCGAUGCAAUUACUAUGUGCCUGGAGGCGCACUACGAGUAUGGAGUUCUCAUACCUAUACAACAUUUUUCAUCAUCUGUCUCAGUUGAAAUAACUGUGGAAACAUUUCACGUCGGAAAAUCGUUCUGUUGUUGA